CGCAGUCUCUGGUCAUCCCCUGUACUGUGUCCGCAGUCUCUGGUCAUCCCCUGCACUGUCUGCAGUCUCUGGUCUCCCCUGUACUUUGUCCGCAGUCUCUGGUCAUCUCCUGUACUGUGUCCGCAGUCUCUGGUCAUCCCCUGUACUGUGUCCGCAGUCUCUGGUCAUCCCCUGUACUGUGUCCGCAGUCUCUGGUCAUCUCCUGUACUGUGUCCGCAGUCUCUGGUCAUCUCCUGUACUAUGUCCGCAGUCUCUGGUCAUCUCCUGUACUAUGUCCGCAGUCUCUGGUCAUCUCCUGUACUAUGUCCGCAGUCUCUG